GGAGUAAAGUAAGAAGUGAAAGAGAGACUGGAGGAGAGAAAGUGUGAUUCCAAGUCUCUCUCUGCUCUCUCCGCAACUCCUCACUCACUCCUCCUGACUCAAUGGGUCCUUAGCGUCAAAUUUAUUAACCAAGUUCACGUUUACUAUUUAAGUUUGAUGCAAAAGUUUAAAAAAGUCUCACCAAAUCUUGGAAAUUAUGGAUAUUCGGAUGAAACGAAGACCGUGGAGCCAAGACCCUUUAGCCCUCCUGCUAACUGUUGCGUUCGUCCUGUGCCUAAUUCUCCGGGCACAAGCAGAGCCAGUUGAUGUUUUGCGGGUUGUCCAGCUUCCCUCCCUCCCUGAAGGUGUACAGAAGGUUCCAGGCUUUUGUGUCUCGCAGAACGCUGGUACUGAUCAUGCCUACCGCAUCAGUAAGAAGGCCCAAAUCUCUGCUCCAACCAAGCAACUCUUCCCAGGUCAUUUCCCAGAGAACUUCUCCAUCAUGACCACAGUGAAGGCCAAGGCCGGGCUUCAAGCCUUCCUGUUGUCCAUCUACAGUGAACAAGGGGUGCAGCAGUUGGGGCUGGAGCUGGGCCGAUCACCCGUCUUCCUGUACGAGGACCAGAACCGCAAGCCUACCCCAGAGAACUACCCGUUAUUCAAAGGCAUCAACCUGGCUGAUGGCAAGUGGCACCGCAUUGCCAUCUCUGUGCAGAAGAAAAAUGUAACUCUUCUCCUUGACUGCAAGAAACAAAUGACGAGACCACUUCCUAGAAGUAACAAACCAGUGGUGGAUAACAAGGGCAUCACUGUUUUUGGUACUCGUCUGUUGGAUCAUGAGGUUUUCCAGGGUGACAUCCAGCAGCUGUUGAUUGCCUCCAACCCUCAAGCAGCUUAUGACUUCUGUGAGCAUUACAGUCCCAACUGUAAUUCUCCUCUGCCCAGGAUUCAGGCCCAGGAUCCCAACACUUUUGCUACUCCGAAAGCCCAGAAGGGAGAGAAAGGAGAACCUGCUGUCCUUGACUCUGGCAUGUUGAUUGAGGGACCACCAGGACCAGAAGGGCCGACAGGUCUUCCUGGCCCUUCAGGGCCUCCAGGACUGCCAGGCUCCAUGGGUGAUCCAGGUGAAAGGGGUCCACCUGGGAAAGCAGGUCUGCCUGGAGCUGAUGGGGUCCCUGGAUCUCCAGGGUCAUCAAUCAUGCUUCCAUUCCGUCUUGGACAAAGUGGUGGGGAUAAAGGUCCCAUUGUCUCAGCACAGGAGGCCCAGGCUCAGGCCAUUCUGUCUCAUGCUCGGUCAGCUUUGAUGGGUCCACCUGGCCCAAUGGGUUUCACUGGCCGCCCUGGAGCCCUGGGCCCUUCUGGCAGACAUGGUGUGAAGGGAGAGACUGGAGAUCCUGGUCCACAGGGUCUCAGAGGUCCUCAGGGGGUACCUGGUCCUCCUGGUAAAGCUGGUAGAAGAGGCCGACCUGGUGCUGAUGGUGCUCGUGGAAUGCCAGGAGAGCAUGGACCUAAGGGAGAUCGUGGUUUUGAUGGCUUGCCUGGUCUGCCUGGAGACAAAGGUCAUCGGGGAAAUCCUGGAGGAAUGGGACCACCAGGAUCCCAAGGGGAAGAUGGAGAGAGAGGAGACGUUGGGGAUGUUGGGCCCAGAGGACUCCCAGGUGAACCAGGACCUCGUGGGUUGCUGGGACCGAAGGGUCCCUCAGGAAUCCCUGGACCUCCAGGUGUGCGUGGAAAUGAUGGACCUCAUGGGCCAAAAGGAAACUUGGGACCUCAAGGAGAGCCAGGACCUCCAGGCCAGCAGGGGACUCCAGGAACACAGGGAAUGCCUGGUCCUCAGGGUGCUAUUGGUCCCCCAGGAGAGAAGGGACCUACAGGAAAGCCAGGUCUGCCAGGCAUGCCUGGAGCUGAUGGUCCCCCUGGUCACCCAGGAAAAGAAGGUCCAGGUGGAACAAAAGGAAAUCAGGGGCCUAGUGGUCCUCAGGGUGCUAUUGGCUAUCCUGGUCCUCGUGGAGUUAAGGGGAUUCAAGGUAUCCGUGGACUGAAGGGUCAUAAGGGAGAAAAGGGAGAAGAUGGUUUUCCUGGAAUCAAGGGAGAUUUUGGUCCAAAAGGAGAAAGGGGAGAGGUAGGAGUUCCAGGCCUCAGAGGGGACGAUGGGCCUGAGGGUCCUAAAGGGCGCAUUGGUUCCCCUGGGGAGAUUGGACCACUUGGCCUGGUUGGAGAGAAAGGUAAACUUGGCGUACCUGGUCUGCCUGGAUAUCCUGGGAGACAAGGACCGAAGGGCUCACUUGGUUUCCCAGGAUUCCCUGGUGCAAAUGGAGAGAAAGGUGCAAGGGGUCUAAUUGGAAAACCAGGACCAAGAGGACUGAGAGGACCAACAGGUCCCAGAGGACAGAGAGGACCUCGUGGGUCUACUGGAAAACCGGGGGCUAAGGGUUCAUCUGGUAGUGACGGUCCUCCUGGACCACCAGGCGAGAGGGGAUUACCUGGAACUCAAGGAGUAAAUGGAUUCCCAGGACCAAAAGGACCUCCUGGACCCCCAGGGAAAGAUGGACUGCCUGGACACCCUGGACAGAGAGGAGAAGUUGGGUUCCAAGGAAAGUCUGGGCCUCCUGGGCCACCUGGAGUUGUUGGACCUCAGGGUCCUUCUGGAGAGACAGGGCAAUUGGGAGAGCGGGGCCACACUGGACCCCCUGGACCACCAGGUGAGCAAGGCCUUCCUGGCCCUUCAGGUAAGGAAGGAACCAAAGGAGAUCCCGGUCCUCCUGGUGGCCCAGGAAAAAAUGGACCUCCUGGAUUGAGAGGCUUCCCUGGAGAGAGAGGACUUCCUGGAACACCAGGCGGUGUUGGGCUAAAAGGAAAUGAAGGCCCGGCAGGACCUCCUGGACCAGCUGGAUCCCCAGGUGAGAGAGGCUCUGCAGGCACAGCAGGCCCCAUUGGCCCCCCUGGAAGACCUGGACCUCAGGGACCCCCUGGAGCUGCAGGAGAGAAAGGAGUGCCUGGAGAGAAAGGCCCAGUUGGCCCACCUGGUCGUGAUGGCAUUCAAGGCCCAGUUGGGCUUCCAGGUCCUGCUGGUCCUUCUGGUGUUCCAGGAGAGGAUGGUGACAAAGGUGAGGUUGGAGAGCAUGGGCAUAAGGGUGCAAAGGGAGCCAAGGGAGAACAAGGUCCUCCUGGUCCACCUGGGUCAAUGGGUCCUGUUGGACAGCCUGGUGCUCCUGGAGCUGAUGGUGAAACAGGUGCUAGAGGUCAGCAGGGUGCAUUCGGUGCUAAAGGAGAUGAAGGAACAAGAGGAUUUCCUGGUCCUCCAGGCCCUAUUGGGCUACAGGGCUUGCCAGGUUCCGCAGGAGAGAAGGGUGAAACAGGAGAUGUUGGACCACUGGGUCCUCCUGGACCUCCCGGGCCCCGUGGCCCAGCAGGUCCUAAUGGUGCUGAUGGUCCUCAAGGUCCCCCUGGUGGUUUGGGUAACCCAGGUCCACCUGGAGAGAAGGGUGAACCUGGUGAAUCUGGACCAGCUGGUAUUGGUGGAGAGCCAGGAAAGAAGGGCCCAAGAGGAGAGCAUGGUGAGAAAGGUGAGGCUGGACAACCAGGUAUGCCUGGUCCUCCAGGUGGAAAGGGACCCACUGGAGAUGAUGGACCUAAAGGAAACCCUGGUCCUGUCGGUUUCCCUGGUGAUCCUGGUCCUCCUGGAGAAGUUGGGCAUAGAGGCCAAGAUGGAGCAAAGGGAGACAGAGGAGAGGAUGGUGAACAAGGAGAGGCAGGUUCACCAGGACCUCCUGGUGUAAAUGGACCACCUGGGCCUACAGGAAAAAGAGGGCCACCAGGUGCAAGAGGACCUGAAGGCCGUGAAGGAGAGAAGGGAAUCAAGGGAAGUCCAGGAGCUGUUGGGGCCCCAGGAAAAACAGGCCCUGUUGGGUCACAAGGACCUCCUGGAAAGCCAGGAACAGAGGGUCUGAGAGGACUGCCCGGUUCAGUGGGAGAACAAGGUGCUCCUGGACGUCCGGGUGAGAAAGGACCUUCUGGGCCCAUAGGUCCUUUAGGUUUGCCAGGCCUGCGUGGUGACUUUGGUGCUAAGGGUGAAAAGGGACAUUCAGGUAUGAUUGGUCUGAUCGGACCUCCAGGUGAACAGGGAGAAAAGGGAGACAGAGGACUGCCUGGCCCUCAAGGAUCUUCUGGGUCAAAGGGAGAAACUGGUGUUUCUGGUGGAACUGGCCCUCUGGGCCCUGCUGGUCCUCCUGGUUUGCCUGGCCAGAGGGGUGUUAAGGGAGCAAAAGGUGCUAUGGGUGGAGCUGGUCCCAAAGGAGAGAAAGGUGUACAAGGGCUUCCAGGACCCCCUGGACCUCCUGGUGAUGUUAUUCAGCCCCUGCCCUUUACAGUCCCGAAAAAGUCCAAGCGUUCCAUUGAUGCCAGUAAGAUUCUCUCUCAGAAUGAUGAGGCUUCCCCAGCCGAUGCCACGGGUACUGGAUUUCUGACCGGUAAUGAAGACAUGGGGGAGAUUUUGGGCUCUCUGACCUCCCUUCAUGUCGAGAUUGAAAACAUGCGUUUCCCACUUGGAACAAAGAAAAGCCCAGCCCGCACAUGCAAUGACCUCCAUCUCAGUCAAUCCGAAUACAAAGAUGGUGAAUACUGGAUUGAUCCAAACCAGGGAUGUGCUCGUGACUCUUUUAAGGUUUACUGUAACUUUACAGCAGGUGGAGAGACAUGCCUCUAUCCGGCCAGGGAAGUGGAGAAUGUAAAGAUGAAGUUUUGGCCAAAGGAGAAGCCUGGGUCAUGGUACAGCCAGUUUGCUAAAGGAAGCAAAUUUUCUUAUGUGGAUGCAAAUGGUGAGCCUGUGGGAGUGGUGCAGCUGGGGUUCCUGCGGUUGCUCAGCAUUCAGGCUCGUCAGAACGUCAUCUAUCACUGCCACCACUCAGUGGCCUGGGCUGAUAAAACUGCUGCCAAUAGAUAUCAGAGAGCACUGCGCUUCCUGGCUGCUAAUGAAGAAGAGCUUAGUUAUGAGAACAGUCCCUAUAUCAAGCCACUCACUGAUGGCUGUUCUUAUCGUAAAAGCUAUGGUAGGACAGUUUUGGAGAUCAACACACCUCAAAUUGAGCAGCUUCCUCUCAUGGACGUCAGGAUCACAGAUUUUGGGGAGACCAAUCAGAAGUUUGGUUUUGAAGUUGGACCUGUCUGUUUCCUGGGAUAAACUUACAGACAUGCCACAAACUAAAGGGAUACAAAAUUAGACGCAAAUGACACACAAUAACUUGGAUUCAUUCAGAGAUGCAUUUAUUUGGCGUAGAUGUAUGCCAGUUUAAAUACAUGUUAAAAGACAAUCUAAGAUGUGGACACACACACACACACACACACACCAUUGUGAAGCAGAGUGAGUAGAAAUGAAGGGAAAAGCAACUCUACACCAGCUUGAAGAUGGAAGGCGAGAUGAGAACAUAGCAGAACAAUAUGUGACAAGGCAGAUUGUCAAGAAGAGUGUUCUGGAACAAGCUGAUGGCCGAAAGUGGCAACUACUACAGUCAUGCAGCCAAACUUCUGCUUGUGCAUUUCAGAUCACCUCAUCCUGAUCUUUCCUUCUCACUAUUACCUUCCCCAGGUGUCCUCCUCUACCUCUGUGCUUCAUCCUUCACUCCCAUAAUCUCACCUAAGCCCUGUGUGAUCACUCCACUUGAAGUCAAGACAAAAGUCAUUUUAUUUUUAAGUAAAACAGAUAAACUGGUAUAUUUCCAUUUAUCCUUUCCAUACUGUAAUAAAGCCACAUGACAUUUUGUACUGUUUUUUCCCCCCUUGUUUCUAAUAUAUGCGGUGGAUAUCUGUAAAUUGAAUUGCCUUGUUGUACAUGCCUUGUAGAGUGAUUAAAGCAAGUGUUUUUACACGUUUUGUUUGCAACCCAUGGACCCAAUAUAAAUUCACCAGACAAUAACUUAUAGAAAAGAGAGUUGUGCUAGUUUGUAUAACGCAACCUAGCUUAAGAAUGGACCAUUUGUCCAUAUAUAUAUAUAUAUAUAUAUAUAUAUAUAUAUAUAUAUGUUUUAAAGUGGAAUUCUCUCUGUGUUGUGAAGAUCAAGAGCAUCCUGUCAUUGUUAUCUCAAUGUAAAAGGUUCAGCAACAAGCUCUUCAGCUAUUCACCAUCACUAAUCCUCAUUUAUCUGUCCAUGGUGAAAAUGUGAAUUAGAAACCAUUUGUAUAGAAAUAUUUUAUUGUAUUUAUUUUUUCAAAAAGGUGAUCAAGCAGACCAAACAAUUUUGCAGUACAAAAUAAAAAUGU